GAUGAUGAUUUAUGGGAGGAUCUGGAGGAUGAGGAUGGCAGUGCAGAUAUCACAAGGAGUACGUCCAGACAGCGUUUGUCAUGCUUUGCUCAUUCUCUGCAACUGGUAGUAGGAGAUGGCUUAAAGGAAACUAAGUGUCUUUCCGGUGUGAUUGCCAAAGCUUCAAAACUGUCGUCUUUGUUACAUUUCAGCACUUCAUUUAAAGAUAAGUUUGAAGUCACUUUUGGCUAUGGACGCUCUAUCCCAGCAGCAAAUGACACCCGUUGGAACUCCACUUUUAAGCAAUUGAAAGCUAUCACAGCAUUGGAUCACAGCAUUCUCAGACAUGUGCUCUGACUUUCCUAAUGUUGUUUUCUCUCCAUGCAAGUGGGCUCAGCUCAAAGAACUCUGCACCAUUCUUGAGCCUUUUGCAGAGGCUACCGACCUUACACAAGGUGAGCAACUGGUGACAAGCAGCCUAGUUGUCCCCACAGUUUUGGACAUUAACACCCACCUCAUGAGGAUGGAAGAGAAGAGGUUUCUCUGCCGGCCUUUAGUCAGAGCACUUAAAGAAUCCUUACACAGGAGGUUUUCUGGCAUAUUUGUUAGAACAAAAAUGGAUGAAAGCAAGCAACACCAUGAACCGUUUGGUGAGGAUGUGUACUUCAUAGCUGCCAUGCUUGACCCACGUUUUGGACUCAGCUGGGUGGAUAUGGAUGUUCAGUCUACUGAAAAUGUCAUGUCCCCUCUGGUCAGAGAUGAACUCAAGAGGUCACUCAAAGACACCUUGAUUACAGAAGCAAGGGCCAUAGGAACAGGAUCCCCUCCGAAGGAUCCCCAUAGUGCACAACAAUCUCAAGAGGAGUUACCUCCACUCAAGUGUCCAAGACUAUUGGCAAGGUACCAAUGGCAUAGAAAAAGUCACAGUUGUGACCGAGACUCAAGCAUAGCAUCACAAGUACAGAAGUACUUUGAGACCAUUAAAGACUUCCAUGAUGAAGACACACUCAGUUUUUGGGCUAGGAACGAAGAGAAGUUCCCCAACCUACAUUCCCUGGCACUUAAAGUCUUGUCUGUGCCUGCAUCUUCAGCUCCUAUUGAGCGUGUAUUCAGCAGAGGGGGCCUUAUCACGAGGCCUCACCAUUCACGAUUGGGGACAAAAAUGUUGUCAUAUCUAAUGUUUCUUAAGUGUAACCAUGCACUACUGUCUAAGUAGUCUAAGGUGCCCAUGCCCAUGUUGGCUGGUAUAUAAAUUGGUUUAUACUGA